AUGGCUCUGCGCUGGCGCACCGGCGUCGCCCACCUCGGGCCGGCCCACCUCGCCCUCGUCUUUGUCGCGUCCUUGGUCGUCUCGCUCGUCGUGUUCCGCCCGGCGUCGACGAGGCUGUACAACCCGCGCAUCAGCGCACUCUACUCGCCGCCACACCCAGACUCGACCCCGAACCGCACCCCGAUCCACAGCUCGGUCGUCGUCCCCGCCUACCACGAGCGCGACAACCUCGCCCCGCUCGUGCGCGCCGUGUUUGCCAGCGUUCGCGACCCGCACGCGACAGAGGUCCUCGUCGUCGACGACAACUCGCGCGACGGCACCGUCCAGGAGGUCGAGCGCCUCCGCCGCGACGAGGGCUUCAACGUCGAGCUCCUCGUCCGCACCGACGAGAACGGCCUCAGCUCGGCCGUCCUGCGCGGCUUCGAGCGCGCGAGGGGCAACAAGAUGCUCGUCAUGGACGCCGACUUGCAGCACCCGCCUGCCGCCGUUCAGCCCCUCCUCGACGCCCUGUCGACCUCGUCCCCUCUCGCGCUCGGCACCCGGUACGGCCAAGGCGUCAGCAUGUCCAAGGGCUGGCCCCUGCACCGCCGCAUCAUCUCGUGGGGCGCCCGCGUCCUCGCGCGCCCGCUCACGAGCGCAAGUGACCCUAUGACGGGCUUCUUUGCCAUCACCAAGGAGCAGUUCCACCGAUCGCAGCCGCUCAACCCGUCGGGCUUCAAGCUCGCGCUCGAGCUCCUCCUCAAGUCGCCCCUGCCGGCGGGUGCGACCCUGCCCGAGGUCCCGUACUCGUUCGGCCUGCGCACGAGCGGCUCGUCCAAGCUGUCGAGCAAGGUCAUGCUCAAGUACGUCGGCCAGCUCGUCACGCUCUACGUGUGGGCUUGGGGCGCCUACUUCCACCUCGCCGUCGCGCUCGGCGUCACACUCGUCGUCGCCGCCGGCGGCCGGGUCCUGCGCUUGCGGGCGAGGAAGAUGACGCGCGGCAAGGAGUACCCGCUCGGCGGCUUCCACCUCGACGCGGGCACGCCGCCGCUCAGCCCCAAGGCCAAGGGCAGGAGCGCGGGCGGUGGGCGACUCGGCGGCAGCGGCGGUGGGGCUGGGAGCGGGGCGGGCCGGCUCGCGGCGUGGUCGAGCGGCGGCGGCGGAGCGGCGGGCUCGGGAGGAGCAGGAGGCGGGAGCGGCGCAGGGCAGACGGUCCUCGAGCGCAAGAGACUCGUGUAGAUGUGCGCGCUCACGCAGACACUCGUCGUCUUCGGAAGUUUUGGUCCUCUU